AUGCACAGGGACUACAUCUGUGGCGUUGGCGUCCCGAUGUACUACAACUGGCUCUUGUUCAUCUUACGAGAUGAAGUACUUAUAACUAAUUACCAUUAGUACGUAAUUCAUCUCCUGCGAAUAUUUUCAUACUUAAUACACAGAUCUUGAUCCUGUGCAUACACAGAUCUCGUGGAUAUCCACGUCCAGCCUGAGGACAGUGAUGAUUAAUCUACCCUCCAUUUCGGUAAAAACUUGAUGAGUUUGCAUGAUAUGGAACCUCCCACCAGCGCAAAAACCUUCGUGUUUCUAUUUAAGUAGCUUGGAAUUGAAUAUAAUCAAGUGUCAUAUGGAACGACCCAGCGCUAAUCGGCGGCUUCUGGGCCUGCACGUGCUACCUGAUCACCGACAUGGUUUCGCAUUUCUCCCAGUUUGCGACUAUUCCUCUGUAUCGCGAACAAUGUCCGGCGCUUGGGGAUCUCAGUGGCAUGCAAAUGGCGCCAAGCAAGAAUCUUGCUAUGCAAUUGGCAGCACACGCAGGAUCUGCAUCAUCUCCGUAUGACAUUCGUCAGCGAAUGAGAAUGUUGUACGAGGGCUACGAGCAACAAGAACCACACGUGAGACAGCUUCGACGUACCCAUCACGAUGAGGGAGAGUCGGUAUUCUCUAAGGUGCUGUUAAGGCUCACGAUGAUUCUAUUUCUAAUUCCUGACCUUCGUUCGCUCUCUCUCGUACCUCUAGUUCCCUCUCUUGUCCACACUUCACACUUAGCCUCUUGGUCCCUUGUGUAGCGGCCUCUCUCGUGCUGCAAGUUCAUUAACAUUUCAGUUUUGCACUCGGGACCAGUAGGCUAGUCUGAAGUGCCGGCCAGCAGGCAAAAUAUUAUUCUCGACUGUGUUCCAUUCAUCAGUAUUCUCGGUCAAAGGUGCUGUUAAGGCUCACGAUAACAGACUUGCUGAGCUCUUCUAAUACUGGAUAAGUUCUCAGGGGUUUCCAGUAGAAAUGGGAUGUUCAAGAUGCUCGAGUUGCAGCGUUACGAGUUUGCAGUGCACGCGAGCACCGCAAGCUGGGCCAUCACGUUGUUUACCCUACUCUCGGUUUUGGUCUUCGCGUGGAUACAAAAAUACGGCGAAGGCGAAGAUCAUGAAAAUGAACAAGAUGGCCUUGUUGUAUAGUGACGAGUCUAUGAUAGAUUAGCUUUCGCAUCAUCUAGUGCGUAGUGGUAAUUUUUCGUAGUAGUUGAUGUCCAAAAGGUACAACAGAUAGAAGUUACUAGCAAAAUAACCGCUACAACAAGGUCCCUUGUAACAAGGGUCGUUAGUUGUACACCUUCUAACCUUCAGCAGAGGAGCGGAGAUUCGAUGCAAAAAACGCCGAUAUGGGCGACUACUGUUUUUCAGUCGACGGCUUACCCACGGGUGAGCCUCUCGAAUUGGAUGAGGUGAAUAGGUUUUUCCUCCAAAAAUGCGGUACGAAGUUCAUUGGUGCCUCUGUCGCGCACGAUUUCGAUUCGCUGAAAAAAUUGCCGAAGAAUGGGAUGUUAUGAGCGAUAUAAGACUUAUUUCAGCUGAAAUAUCUGUGCUAGAACAGGAGUUGCACCACUAUCCGUGCUGAGGCGUUCGUGAUUAGCAUAGUGCGUGGAGAUGGAAGCCACGACUACAACAAAGGGAAUAAGUACAGUUCUUCUGGUUGCGUCUAUGUUAUUAUACAUUCAUAGCUCGUGGUCUAAGAAUAACCCUCGACGAGAUUUGCGAUAAAGUGGUGGCAAGAGCUGACAGGGGUAUCUUGCGCUCAGUCUACGAAAAGGAGCUUGCGUUGACACGUGCUGCGAGUGCUGUGACUUCUUCUGAAACAACUAAACUGAAGAUUACGGACUUCGUCUUCCCUUGGAAUUGGCUCUACUUGCAGGAGUACUUCCUGUGUUUUCUGUCGCCCACUGGGAAAAAACUGCAGAGUCAAUACUUGAAAGCCCAACAAGAAACGGAAAUGGUCACUUUGCACAGUGCCGAUGGGUCGACGACGCAAGCGCCGCAAGGAAGAGAACUCAUUAGCAAAAGCGAGGAAGAGGAAGUUCAAUUAAGGCUUGACAUGAUUUAGAUUUUUUUUGUUGUUGUAAUGUAUGCCAUGCUUAUCCGAAAGGGAACGAAGAGCUUGCAUGUUUAUCCGAGAAGCUGCCGGCGGGUCACGUAUCCACUUCCACAGGUCACAUUUCCUCGCAGCUUCCUAUUUUUUCGCUUCCUUUUUGGGAAUGCGUAGAAUGAAUGAACUUCAGGUGAUGAAAAAAAUGAAGUGUUUGAGCUCUAAUCCAAGCCACAGCUAGUCGCGAAUCGGAUCCCGAGAUGGCGAAAUACGUAGCUUUAGGUCUCGUUGCGCCAGACUUUACGAGUGAACAAGCUGAUGAGAUCCGCGAUGAACUGAGACAGCUAAAGUGUGGUGGAGUAGCCUACUGCUUCUGCGAUUACGAGGAUGACGUGGACGUUUGCGUCGCAGCGUUGCAAGCAGCAACCAAAGAAGCUGCAAGUCGCGGCAAUGCACCAGCACCAUCGAGUACAACGACGAAUAAGUCUCGAACGUGGCAACUUUUGGAGCAAUCCUUGGCUAACUGGACAGUGAGACGAGAUCACGUGCAACCUGGUGAUAUUCUAUGGGACAGUUUUGAUAGUUCGAAAACCUUCCUGCAGAGUUGGGUCUACGGCCCUCUGGGUUUCGUCGUGCAGAUCAUCCUUUAUGGUUUCUUAAUGUAUGCUCCAGCCGUGAUUUUCAUGCUGAAUUCGCUGCAGGAUAGCGCCACAGUGCCUCAAGGAUGGUCGAUGACCAUCUUGGGUAUUUUGUUUUCCAGUGGCAACGGCGUAGUCGGACUCAUGUUCUGGUACAUCGCGGUAGCACUGCCGUUUCGCUUCCGAUUCCAGCAGUGGUUGGUGGUGAUGGUCUCCUACUCGUUUCUCUUCUUAAGACUUCCGGAAAUCCAUAUCCAUCUCCAGAAGCAUCUUGGACCUCCCGUGUUAGGGGGAAUAACGGGUCCCCGAUGACUUUCCAGAUGUAUUCUCCCGGAAGGUCUAAUCUUCAUCGUGAACACCGCCUUUUCGGUGUACAUCGUGUUCGGACAAGUCUACAUGGGAGAAAAGGCGGAAAUACGGGACAAGGAUGCACUUGGGGAAGAAACUUAUCUCGGAAAGCAAUUGUACGAGGUACUUCUACAACGACAAUCUACCAGAAGGAGACUCUUUUGAGUAAGAGUAGGAACAAGUAAAUACUUUUACUUAACGUAAACGUUAAAAAUAGCCCUCAGACUCAGUUUCAAAAUGGUCAGGGCAUUUGCAAGAAGCUUGAAGUUGAACUCCACUUCCACUUCCGCUCUCUGUCUCUUGCUCGCCACUUUGACGCCACCGCUUUGCCUCCAUCUCCCCUACACACAGCUUCUCGUUCCCGGAACGUUUCUGAUGCCGUAUUUCAUAUGGCCUCUCACUGGGUACAUGCUGCGACGUUUAUUGCGGUUGUACAACAGCUUCAUACCCUUUACGGACGACGUUUGGUCGGCUCGCGUGAUGGAGCUUAGGAAAGUAGAGUUGCAUUUGGAACCGCCGAUGAUCUACCUUUAAGGCUUAUUAAUACUUCCCCUAAUGCAUUGGGAACCGCCGAUGAUCUACCUUUAGGGCUUUUUGUAAUGAUCCAUCCCCAUGAUUCAGGCUUUUUGUAAUGAUCCAUCUCUACUACUAUCUAUCAUCUAAACGCUGUUUUAUAUCUACAAGCUUUCCUUUUUUUGCUUUUCUAGUCAUAGGUUGGCUGCAUAUUCUUGCGGAGGGGACAAGGUCUAAUCCCUGGCCUGGGAUUACGCGAUAAACUUCACUCUACCGCUUUGCUGCGUCCUCAUGUCGUACUUGUCGUGUCCACGGUUCACGUGCUUGCUGUUCUACAACCUGAUAAUCUGGGCUGUGUGGAUGUAUUUUUCGCAGAAGUACUUGCAUCUGAUGUCCAGCAAGAUGACGUUCUAUUCGAGUGCACGGCUAUCGAUCAUCAGUUUCGAGAUGUUUGCGCUGAUUAUAGGCUUUCUAGCAGGCUCGAUCCCAUACUGGCGUCAGCGAGCAGCGGAGUUCGCCUUUAGAGUCCAGCAGAAACUACAGGAAGAGGCAGGUGAAAAUGGAGUUACGCUUAUCUUUGUUCACUUUUUUAUGCCGUGUCUGAUACUGGAUCUAGAAUCGAGGACUUAUCAUUCUGAUACAAGCAACUGGAUCGACUUUUUCGGGUACACCUGGAACAAAGUCGUGUUCAGAAGUCAUGUUUAAUAUCAUAUGAGGGCAAGUGCCAAGUACUUGUCCUCGUUGUCCUGUUCUCCUUCCCCAGUCCUGCUCUUGUUCUUGUUUGCAUUCCGUCUGAUCCAUCUCUUCUAAGCUUCCAUCCACCAGCGGAACAUCCGACCAAAGCGCACCGGAAGGAGUCUCCGCUCUAGAAUAUGUUGCAUAUUUCUUUGGUGCAGCCGCUUUCUACCUCUUCGUCCUAGAGAUCUGCAUUCGUCCUAGGGAAGUGGAGCACGCCAAACUUGAUAGCGAAGCUGACAUUGGCGAAGAGCUCAGUCAGCAGGCAAGAAAUACCCUUCUAGGACACACUCUUGGAGGUGUGGGUGGAGGAGAUGCUUUCUCGUCAUCUUACGGCUUACUUCAUCCCCAGUACUCCAUACUCGAAACAGGCAUCUUAUAAAUUAUAUAGACUUAGAGAGACGUUCCUUUGCAAGGGGAAUAAAAAGGUCUUAGGACGAUUCUAGGCUUCCUUCUUCGAGAUGGACAUAAUUGGGGUGUUGAGCCUGACCUCCUCUAAUGCUCAACAGAGCCAGUGUUUUCAAGGAAAAAAUCAAGAGUAGAACGGGGAGUUAACUUUUUCGAAUUGGAGAAAAAACUAGGCGUCAACUUCGAGAACGUGAACCCAGUGCAGACGUUGAAGUUAAGGUGAUACAGUUGUCUCCAACAUGUCGAUGUUGUUCUUGGUGAGUACUAGUCGUUCUUGAUCAUCUUCGUCAUUCAAAAAACAUGACAUUUCCGAUAAUUAUGAAGGCACUUCCUCUUCCUUGCUUGUUAGUUACCAUUUAUUAAUAUUUAGUUACCAUUUUUCUUUUGUAGGUCUAGUAGUAACAGUAAGCCCUUCUGGUACUAGUUCUGUCCAGAAGAGACUUUGUUCCGUUUCCACCUUCCCACUCUUUUGCUUAGUUCAAUGUCCCUCCCACUUCCGCCACUCCCACUCCCAACAUCAACACCCUCUAACCACAUCCCAUUUCCUGAAAGAGGAAUGCCAGACGUUGCUCAGCCGUCGCGAGGGAUGCAGCUAAGGCUAUACUAGCUAACUCAUCUUUGACUGGAUCCAUAAAAAUCGGCUAGCUAGUCCUUAAAACGUCGUAUGGGGGAGUAUUAUAGGUAAAUACCCCCCCCAUAUUUUUACCGUAUAAUGAUGACCAUUUCUUGAGAUGUAUUGAUGACGCUGCCGUAUUUUUGGGGAGUAUCUAUUCUAGUAUAGAUUAUAUCGAAAUGCAGCUCUUGCUUCCCGAGCAUAAAUAUCAAAUUUUCAAGGUAAAUGCAACUAAGUGAUGACUCACAGUAGAGAGCUCUAACGCAACAUCAUGCCCUUUCGACCGGGGAAGCAAUAUUUACACUUCUCCUACGACGUAGACUUAGCCGCCGGUCGACUCGGAGACAUGUGGGACAUCACCCAAGACAUGCUAGGCACCGGAAGGAAUAGGUUACGAUGAGGUGCAUAUGUACGUUAGAAGACAGUGGAAGGAAUCAAUAGGUAUGUUAGAAGACAGUGGAAGGAAUCAAUAGGUAUGUUAGAAGACAGUGGAAGGAAUAUGUAUAUUAGAAGAAGGCAGUGGAAGGAAUAUGUAUGUUAGAAGACAGUGGAAGGACCUCUUCUUUCCCAAAUCAACUUUAAGAUGAGAGAAACGAAAGAAAGUCGCUGCACUUCUACUCAAGGAAUAGAUUAGUAACUAUCUAAUGAAAGCGCCUACAAUCAUCUAAACAAUUUCCUCAUCCUUAUUAUGAUGAUAGAUGAGGUGGACGAGGAAGAAGUACGUAGUUACUAGAAGUACCAUGUCACAAAUUGAAACUGUUGUAAGAUUCUACAAGAACAUUUUCAUGUGAAGGAUCCAUAAUCUAAGCAUUAUCAUCCUCAUCUUCUAACGAACACAGAGCAGGCCAGUCGCUCUAUCUACAAUCAGGUUUCGAAUACAGCGGCAACUAUCCCGACUGGCGUGAGCGGAUUUUUCAGAGCGUCGACGUGAGUUGUUUUUAGGGAUUUCAAGUUAUUUGUCCCCUAGAGUAGUAAAAGCACUCAGUUCUUCGCUCCGAAGCUGCAUUUGUGCCUUCCAUAUCGCUGCUUGGGACGUCCAAUUUGUGCCCUUCCAUAUCGCACUGACUCGUAGGCAAAAAGUAGAAAAGAGUGGUUUCUUGGUGCAAUUACAUUGAGCUAUUAAAUUCCUUCAUCUAUCUUGUAGAAGAGUAAGAAGCGCUCGAGUACUUAUGAUCAUAGACAAGGAAGAAUCUGUCUCGGUUUUUGAUCAUCUGCAGUUUUUCCUAUUUCAUCAUGUUGAUUUCUGAUGCAAUCAAAAUUCUUAUUUCUGUCUAUUAAUAUUUGCAAUUAUCUACUCCAGUGUGAGAUUGGAGUAUCAAUUUAUAAUGUGAGGUCCGCUCAUGGUUUAUUUCAACGUACAGUCAUACUAAUACUAUUGCUUAGCAGAAGGGCGGAAGAUUCUUGUAUGAACGCUGGGGUCGUCUUGAUCGUCGUUGUAUUGAUGCUAAACGGACUCGGAAGAAGGAAAGAUUAUAGGAUUAUGAUCGAAGAUGUCUUCGUCUUCAAUCAGUUGACCUUUUAUUCUGUUCACGUGCUGUAAGAU